GUUGAUCUGUCCUAUGCUUCACGUCCCGCCCUCGUUUACGUUGUUGGUGUCAAGAGCUAAGAAAAACAACAACAACAACAACUAAUCGAUCAGUACCAAAAAAAAAAAAAUGUCACAAACUCCUCGCUCGACGGCGGGGACCGUCAAAUCAUGGAACAGUCGCUACUCCGGAUGGACCGACGAUUCCAACGGCAUGCACGCCCGACCCAUCGAAGAAGCCGACCGAGCCAAAUUGAAACCUCCUCGACAUUCUAGUGAAGAUUUUCCUUGGUUAUCGCAAGAAUUCGAGGCUAUUCGCAGUGUACGAGAUGCUCGCACGGGAACUCCUCCUCUCUGGUUUCGGGAAAGUGAGAAAUCUAAUCAUCGGAAUGUCUCGACGAGAUCGGGGAGAUCGCUACGGAGUGGUGCACGGGAGAGUAUUGUGGAUUUGCAUUUGAUUGUGGCUGAUCUGGAUUACUAUGCUGGUGCAGUCCACGACUAUCAGGCUGAAGAGGAAGAAGCGUACGAAGACGACUUGAAAAGUUGGGAUGAGGAACGAGGAGGGUCGCAGCAUCAUCAUCAUCAUCGUGCUUAUGACAGCGAAGGCUUGACGUUUGGCCAGAUUCAAAUCAUCCGUGAUGCCUCGCGAAUGGGGAGAAAUGGAACCGUCAAGCGCAAACCUUCACAGCAUUCUUCUACGGGCGAGAAAGAUUCCAAUCUGGUCACUUGGGCGGGUCCAGAUGAUCCUGCUAAUCCGAAAAAUUGGUCGAAACGAAAGCGAUGGCUUGCGACUAUUACCGUAUCACUCUUCACAUUCAUCUCUCCGGUAUCGAGUUCGAUGGUGGCUCCAGCAUUACCACAAUUACAACAGGAUCUCAACUUGGGAUCGAGAUUUCUCGCAAAUUUGGCGCUUUCAGUCUUUAUUCUCGGUUUCGCUCUGGGACCUCUCGUGCUAGGACCGCUGUCAGAACUCUUCGGCAGAAGAAUUGUCCUGCAAAUCAGCAUGCUCUUCUACAUUGCCUUCAACCUCGGCUGUGCAUUCGCCACCAACGGCGCCGAAAUCAUCGCGUUUCGAUUUCUAUCUGGUCUCGGUGGCAGCGCCCCUCUCGGAAUCGGUGGAGGAGUCCUCGCAGAUCUCUGGCUACCCACCGAACGUGGACGAGCCAUGGCCCUCUACUCUCUCGCCCCCCUUCUCGGACCCGCCGUGGGCCCCAUCGCCGGUGCCUGGGUAGCAGAAUUAUCCACGUGGCGCUGGGUAUUCUGGUCGACAUCCAUCGUAGCCGUAUUCGUACAAAUUCUCGGCUGGUUCUUUCUGCAAGAAACCUACGCAGCGGCAAUUCUCUCGAAAAAGAAACGCAAACUGAUCAAAUCGACGGGAAAUCCAAACCUUCACACAGAAUUCGAUAACCCUUCGCGCAGUUUCGCCAACCAUCUCGGCGUCGCUCUCAAGCGACCUUUUAUUCUCCUCUUCACCCAACCCAUCGUCCAAGUCCUCGCCUUCUACAUCGCCUACGUCUACGGCGUCCUCUACCUCGUCCUCGCCUCCUUCCCCGUCGUCUGGCACGACCAAUACUUCGAAAGCACCGGAAUCGGCGGCCUGAAUUACAUUUCUCUCGGAUUGGGCUUCCUCCUCGGAACACAAAUUGCCGCUCAAUUCGCCGACAAAAUUUACAAAAAACUCAAAGCGAAAAACAACGAUAUCGGUCGCUCGGAAUUUCGCGUCCCUCUGAUGUUUCCCGGCGCUGUCAUGAUCCCCGUCGGUCUCCUCAUUUAUGGCUGGUCUGCGCAAUUUCGAGUGCAUUGGAUUGUUCCCAACAUUGGCACAGCAAUUUUCGCCGCAGGAAAUCAGUUGGUGUUUCAGAAUUGUCAGACAUAUCUCGUGGAUGCGUAUACGAGAUAUGCGGCUUCGGCGAUUGCUGCUACGGCGGUAUUUCGAUCGUUGGGAGGGUUUGGGUUUCCGUUGUUUGCGCCGAUUAUGUAUGAGACGCUGGGGUAUGGGUGGGGGAAUACGGUGUUGGGGUUUGUGGGUGUUGCGGUGGGGAUUCCUGCGCCGUUUGUUUUGUGGUGGUUUGGGGAGGCGUUGAGGAGGAAGAGUACUUUUGCUGCGGGGUGAAUUAUGAGAGGGGGUUUUGGCUAUUGCUACAGACAGGAAGAAAGAAACCCCAGAAGGAAGAUGGAAUAAUUCUUUUUUUUUCUUCUUCUUAGAUUGGCCCGGAUUUUCACGAUUUUUUUUUAAGGACAAGAACAACAACACCAGCGACGGCGCUCUUUCCGGAUGGUUUCUUUUUGAGCAGCGGCAGCGACGGCGGCGGCGGCGGCGGCAGAGAACAAGCACGAGCACGAGAUGAAGAAGAGUCCAAAAAACAGCAUCUUCCAAAUCUCUAGGUAGGUACCUUACUUACCUACCUGACUUUAGCCUUUCAUUUCUCCUUAUUCGUACCUUUUACAUUUUCGUAUAAAUUCUAGCGUAUACAUUUUCGUAUACAUUCUAGCGUAUACAUAUUACUUUAC